CGGAGCGGCGCGGAGCGGGGCGCGGGGGGCGGCGCAGCAGGCGCGGAAGAUGGCGGCGGGCAGGCGCGCCCCGCGCAGCGGGCUGCUGGAGCUGCGCGGCCCCGGCGGGCAGUGGCUCCGCGUCCUCCUCACCCUGGCCGAGGACGUGCUGGGGGUGAGCCCGGCCGACGGCCCCGGCCCCGCGGGCGGCCCCGGCGAGGCGGCGGCGGCGCAGCUGAACGGCGGGGAGCCGGGCUCCGCCGUGCCCGAGGCGCUCGCCAACAUCAGGCGCACGGUUCGCGUCGUCAAGCAGGACGUGGGGGGGCUCGGCAUCAGCAUCAAAGGUGGCCGCGAGAAUAAAAUGCCCAUCUUGAUCUCCAAGAUAUUUAAGGGGCUGGCAGCGGAUCAGACCGAAGCGCUGUACGUGGGGGACGCCAUCCUCUCCGUCAACGGGACCGACCUUUCCGAGGCGACGCACGACGAGGCGGUGCAGGCGUUGAAGAAGACGGGCAAGGAGGUGGUGCUAGAAGUGAAGUACAUGAAGGAGAUCUCGCCCUACUUCAAGAACUCCUCAUCAGGGGCAACAGUCAGCUGGGACCCCUCACCUGCGGCCCCGCAGAAGCGGUCAUCCCCCCUCCUGCCCCCUCGGGAGCUCCGGGAGGGCAGGACUGUGCCUCUGAAGAUGUGCUACGUGUCUCGCAAGUGCCUCCCCACCGACCCGGAGCACAGGUACCUGGAGGUGUGCUCGGCGGACGGGCGCGUUGCCCUCUUCCUGCGGGCGAAGGACGAGGCCACAGCGCUGUCGUGGCUCAGUGCCAUCCAGGCCAACGCGGCCCUGCUGCUGCCGCGGGUGAAGGAGGAGCUGCGAGCGCAGCUGGUGGGCGCUGGCACGGUGGCUGGACGGGACAUCAAGCACGUGGGCUGGCUGACCGAGCAGCUCCCCAGCGCUGGCACCAGGAACCUCUUGGCCGUCCUCACCGAGAAGGAGCUGUUGCUGUACGGCAGCCUGCCGCAGAGCCGCGACGCCCUGGGCAAGCCUGCGCACAGCUACCCCCUCAUUGCCACCAGGCUGGUGCACUCGGGGCCGGCCAAGGGCUCGGCGCUGUACGAGGCCGAGCUGUCGUUCGCGCUGCGCAGCGGCACCCGGCUGGGCGUGCAGACCCACCUCUUCAGCCUGGAGAGCCCCCGCGACCUGGCGCUGUGGACCCGCCUGCUGGUGGACGGUACCCACGGCGCUGCCGAGCUGGUCCAGGAGGUCUCAGCAGCUUGCACAUGGAAGGGGCAGGAUUGCACCCUGUCCAUCCACAUCGACAAAGGCUUCACCAUCUCCACUACCGAGCCUGGACUCAGCAAGACCAUCCUGCUCCAACAGCCCUUUGAGAAGUUGCAGAUGUCCUCUGAUGAUGGCACCAAGAUGCUCUACCUGGACUUUGGUGGACCGGAGGGAGAGAUCCAAUUGGAUCUUCACUCCUGCCCCAAAACUAUUGUCUUUAUCAUCCACUCCUUCCUCUCGGCCAAGGUGACGCGGCUGGGGCUGCUGGUGUGAUGAGGGAGCGCCGGGCAGAGCAGCCCCAGCCCCAGCCCAUCUAUGCACAUCCCGCCAGGCCAAACCCCGCCCUGAGCCAUCCCAUGGAGACUGGAGCCCCCGCGGGGUCAUGCCACCCCCCCAAGGAAAAGCACCAUCCAGCUGGAGAAAAAACAUUCCCGAUGUGGUUGGGGCAGCGGUGGGUGGAAUCCCUCUUGGAUGGCAGCGCCGGGACUUCUCCGGUCUUCCUUCCCUUCCUUCCUCCCGCUCCGGUGCUCAGCGGCAGCUGGAGAAGCCUGGUUGGAACCCACCACGAGUGGUCGCGUGGUUGUCACCCCAGUGCCUUGUGAGAUGAUAUUUUCUGUACAAAGAACCUGUUUUUAUUGAUGUUUUAUAUUUAUAUCACCCAGUUAAAAAAUGCUGAUGCAGCAGCUCUCACUUGAGGUCCUGCAGCACAAGGACGUGUGUCUGUCCCUUGGACAGACAACCUGAGGGCUGGAGUCCGGAGUCAGCUCCAUAGUGCUUGAGAGAUGGGAGCUGCAGAUCAGCUCUUUUUGCCAAUUUUUCCCAUAUUGUACUGAACGACAGGAUCCACUUUGCUUUGUCGGAGUUGGACAGUUUGUUUUAUUUUGCCAACUCCUUGGUCACUUUAUUUCUCGGUUUGGGGGGAACGAUUGUCAGGUGGCUGCUGGGAAAGACCUUCUUUUAUGAACCAAAAGAUUCUGCAUGAAAAUGCCUAUUUUUUUUGGUCAAAUAAACAUUGCGGAUCACAACCAGCAGGAGCCCA